AUACAGGAUAGUCUGCACGCAGGUGUCCGCAGGCGGCAGAGCAAUUGCCAGAGGGGAGGCCCAGCCCUGGAUGAAGGCAGGGGCUCCGGGAUGGCUGCAGGGCCCCACCCGGCUCCCGUAGCUGCAGCGAGAGGCUCCGUCGGGCUCAGCAGGGGCAGGUCACCUACCUCUCCCCGCUGUCACCCGGGCCCCUAAAGCGUCCUCAACAACUGACGGUGUCUCCCCACAGCGAAUGGCGCCCUCAACCAACGAGCUGGGCCCCGGCCCCUGACCUCUGACUCCCCCUCCAUGGGGCGGGACCCCCACUGGGUCCGCGCACCGACCGCAAGCGUGCCCCUGCCGGGUCCGGAGCCCCUAAGCCGCGCCAGAGGCCCGCACUGCACGCCACCGGGGUUACUAAGCCCAGAGGAAGGGGCGGGCGCUGCAGGCUGCGCACUUCCGCUUCCGGUUCCCAGCGCAGGCUCCGGCCCCCGCUCCGCUGUCGAGCGACGAGGUUGUGGCGUCGGCUGGUUCCAGGCGAUUCGAGGAUGAUCGAGGUGGUUUGCAACGACCGUCUGGGGAAGAAGGUCCGAGUGAAGUGCAACACCAAUGACACCAUUGGGGACCUGAAGAAGCUGAUCGCCACCCAGACGGGGACCCGUUGGAACAAGAUUGUGUUGAAGUGGUACACGAUCUUUAAGGACCACAUUUCUCUGGGCAACUAUGAAAUCCAUGAUGGGAUGAACCUGGAGCUUUAUUAACAAUAAAGCUGAACUCCUUCCUCAU